UCUCAACAAGAUGUCUAGAUUGUUGACAGUGUUUGCUGGAAUGACUUUAGUUACAGCAAUCACUUUUCAAUCACGCAUUAACUUAAUUUCCAACACGGCCAACGUUCAACAAAAAAUAGAUGAAGCAAAGGAAAAAGCAGAUCUUCUUACUAGAAAGAAUAAUAAAGAGCAAAUCAUUCGACUAUCACUUAAACGACCUUCUAGUUCUGUUGAGCAAUUAUUAGAUACUACAAGAUCCUAUUAUAAAAAUCGACUUAUACCUUCAGUAAAAUCAUCUUGGAAUGAUCAAAUUAUUAACUUUACAGGGACUAUAAUUCGAUCAAAUUUACCUACAAGAAUUAAUCGAUUUAUUGCUGUAAACGUAUUUGGAUACAGCAAAAAACAAUAAUACAAUAGACUUCUAUUUAUUUAUAUACUAUUUAUGCACAACAAAAUAAAACUAAUACUUUUGCAUAUUCUUUUUUUUUUUUUUUUUUUUUUUUUU